AUGAUUGUUGAUUAUCAAGAUGUUGAUACUGUUAUUAGUGGUGUAGAUUAUUUCUCUUCUUACAAUGGCAAUAUUGAAAAUGAAAAUUGUAAACUUUCAGAUCUUUUUGAACAAAAUGUAAAUAAUCAAUUUUUUCAACCAAAUAACACAUCACUACCACCACCAACAAAUCAACAACCACAACCACAACCACAACAAUGGGAUUUAAUGGAAGAUGAAAAUUGUAAUUCAUCAUUUGAAAAUUCACCUCAACAACCAACUUCACCCCUAUUAAUUUCAUCACAAACUUCAUAUCCAUCUGAUUUAUCAUCAAAUUCCUCAAUAUCUCAUAGUCCAAUUGAAAAUCAAUUAUUAGAUAAUAAUUUGGAUAUUAACAAUUAUUUAAAUAAAAUUAAUAUUUUUAAUAAUCAUUUCCAAAACAGUGAUUUAAUAAAUACAACAUUCUUUAAUCAAUUUGAAAAUAAUAAUUAUAUUAAUAAUAAUAAUAAUAAAGAAAAUAAUAGUUAUUUUUAUAAUAACAAUGUAAAUAUUCCAAAUAAUAAUAAUCUAAAUAUAAACAAUAAUAAUAAUAAUAAUAAUAAUAAUAAUAAUAAUAAUAAUAAUAAUAAUAAUAAUAAUAAUAAUAAUAAUAAUAAUAAUAAUAAUAAUAAUAAUAAUAAUAAUAAUAAUAAUAAUAAUAAAAAUACUGUAUAUAACAAUGUAAAUAUUCCAAAUAAUAAUAAUUUCAAUUUAAAUUUAUCAAAUAAUAACAAUAAUCUUAAUUUAACAAAUAAUAAUAAUAAUAAAAAUAGUGUAAAUAAUAACAAUGUAAAUAUUUCAAAUAAUAAUAAUAAUAAUAAUUUCAAUGUAAACUUAUCAAAUAAUAAUGUAAAUAUAUCAAACAUACCAAUUUCAAACUAUUACCAACAAGCAGCGCAAACUAUUUUUGAUGAUAAUUUUCAAACAAUUCAAUUUAAUAAAGAGUAUCCACUGAAUGAACAUAUAUCUCAAUCAACAAAUAAAAGAAUGAAGAUUUCUCAUCAUUCCCAUUCACUAUCAAAUAACAAUGAAAAUAGUUUAUCUCAACCUUAUUUUAAUAAUAAUAAUAAUAAUAAUAAUGAAAAUGAAAAUGUAUAUAACAUUGUAAAUGAACAAAAUCCAACCUUUAAUCCUAAUCAAUCCAAUACACAUCAACAACAAGAAGAACAAUAUCAACAACAUGAAGAAGGACAAGAAGAAAAAGAACAUGAAGAAGAAGAAAAAUAUCAAAAACAAAAACCAAAAAUUGAAAUUGAAGAAUUAAUUAAUAUUAAUUUAAUAAAAGAAAAGAUUGAAAAAUUAAAGAAUAAAUUUGAAAAUGAAAAUGUAAUUUGUAGUGAAUUUUUAGAAAAGUGUUUUAAAUUUUCAAGUUUUCCAAUAUUUCCAAUUGUUGAAAGUAAAUUAAAAUUUUAUCAAUUUGAAAUUGAUUUUAGUUUUAGUAGUUAUAUUGAAUCACAAAAAUUGGAUAAAAUUGGGUUACCAUCAUUUAAAAGACCAGUACAAUUUUUAAAUACAUUUUAUACUCAAGAAAUUGUAAAUUUAGAUCAGGAAUUAAUCACUCGUUCACAACCAAUACAUGAUUUCAUUGAAUGUAUCUCUUUAAUUCGUCCAUUAUUAUCAUUAUCAUCAUCAUCAUCAUCAUCAUCAUCAUCAUCAUCACCAUCAUCAUCCAAUGAAUUGAAUUCAAAGCUUAAUAUGGUUCAAUCGGUUUUCAAUGUUGUAAAAUCUUAUCAAAAAACAAAUACUGCAAAUGUUAUACUACAAGUAUUGAAAAAGUAUGCAAAAGAAUUUAAAAGUCGUCGUAUCCUCUCUGAGCAGCAAGAAACUAAUAUGAAUCUUUGGUUUGAUGCUCAUGUAAAUAAUCCUUAUCCUGAAGAAGAUGAAAAAGUAAUUCUUGGUGCUGUAAAUAAUUUAUCAAAAUCUCAAAUUGAUAAUUGGUUUGGUAAUAAACGUAUGAGAGAUAAAUCAAAUAAAAAGUCUUUAUAA